AAUUUAUUACAUUUACACAUUCUGUAAUGUGACUCUUUAUUUUGCAAAUUUUAUUAUUCUAAGUUUAGUACUGUAAUUUCCUAUAUUUUUUUUAUGGUCACUGAACUUCACAUGUCCCAGCAGACUUCCUGGCUGUAGCCCGUAUGUGUUGUCAGUCUGCUCUCUUCCAUGUGACGGUUUAGAGUGUAUAGAGAAGGCUGAUUGGAGACUCACUAUGAUUGUUUUCACCAGAAUAAACCAUGUUUGAGCUGGAAGAAAGACUGGGUGUCGUCUUUUGGGGAAAAACACAACGCAAAGGAGUACUACAUCGCUACAAUGGUGCCGUGACCCGUUCUUCUUCCUGGUGUUCCUGUGGGCUCAACGUGGGACAAACAACUCUCCAUCCAUCCGCUCCACGUGUGGUUUCAUCAGCUUUCUGACGGUGCAGUGAGUCGCUACUUGUGGCUUGGAGCCUCGUAUACUGUAUAUUCGCUUACUUACUGUGGACUGUAUUAUAUUUAAGGUAGCCUCAAGGAAAAAAAAAAAGAAAAAGUGUUUUCUCUUUAUUUGAGAAUUAAAUCUCAAAGGAAGAAAAAUAAGUGAUAAGAAGGAAAACAUUUUUUAAGUGAAAGAAAAAGUGUGGGGGAAAAAAAAAAAAAGUGUUUUAUAUUAAUUGAGAUUGUUUUCUUUUCUUUUUCACUAUGAAUGGGUUUAAUAUGUCAGGUAUUGGUCGGGGUGCAACAAGGUGGUUUAGUGAGUCACCGGCUGUGGGUGGGCUUAUGACGGACAAAAACUUUACUUCUACUCCUCACCGUGCUAAUGUUGCUCAUACUGUGUAUGAUGAUGCAAGUGCCACGGCAGAUAUGGGGGUGGGUGAGCAGUCUGCACCUCCCAGUCAAGAUGUUGAACAUGUCCCGGUUUCUCUUCUCGGUGACUUGGUGAGGCAGAUAGGGACCAGUAUAGGUGAAAACAUUGUUUCAUGUUUACAGUCCAUCCCAGCUGCUAAUGUUAGCCUUGCUCGGUCAAGUAUAGCUGAUCUUUCUAAGGUUAACCUGACUGUUUUUCAUGAUAGUUAUGAACCACAUACUUUCAGGGGAGACCACACUGACAGACCUUCCAUCUCUGAGUGGGAGGAAGCCAUCAGGCUUUAUCUGAGUAGGAGGGGCAUUGAGUUAUGUGAACAGGUAGAUGAGGUUCUGAGUAAGCUAAGGGGAAGGGCACGUGAUGUUGUGACUGUUGGGCUGCGCAGCAAACCUUCCUUGGACUUAAAGUCUGGCCCGCAACCUGUGUUUGACAUUCUUAAACAGCACUUUGGUGACUGUGACUUUCUUUAUGCCACUAGCCGACUUUUAUGAUACAAAGCCUCACUCCACCGAGAAUGCUGUGGAUUACUGGAUUCGGCUUAACAAAGCCAUUGACAAUGCAAUAGAAGGACUAAAGAGACAGGGCAAGACUCUUGAAAACCCAUCUCGUGAAGUAACAGUCAUGUUUAUCACGCACUGCCCUGACACUGAACUGUCUCUAGUCUUCAGCUGCAAGCCGUUAGAGGAGUGGACAGCUACUGAUAUUCAGGUGAGGCUGGAUGAACUCCACCGCAGAAGGCGUCUCCAACAGCGUCAGUCCACAUGUCCAGCUGACAGCUUACAGUCUACCCAGCCUGCGAGACUUCUGCAGAGUCAUGCUCAGUCUGUUGAGAGCACUCCUGCCGCACAAACAAAUACAGCUGGCAGAACAUUAUCAGCUGAGGGUCAGUCACUUGAACAUGUCAUUGUUCUGCUGGAACGCUUAUUGCAGCGGGAGGCCUCCCAGGGUUCGAGGCUACCUAGAUCAAGAAAUGGCGGCCGCACGAGAUUUCAGGGUCCAUGUAACAUUUGUCAGGAUGAUAACCAUGACACGAUGUCCCACUGCAGGAGAGAACGUCUCUGUUUCCGCUGCCAUGCUGCAGGACAUCGAGCUGUAACUUGUACUGCUGCUCCGGUCAGGGACACACCUGCUGCCCAACCUAGUGGUUCCAACCAGCAGGGAAACUAAAUGGCCCACAUGACCAGGGGACUAGUGGAGGGCCAAAAGACAUGUCCCCAAAUGAUUUUAACGAUGCUGACCUUGAGUCUAUCUACUCACAGUUCUGUGUUUUGUCGCAGUUGGCUGAGGGUGAUGAUGUUGCACGAGCUGUCGCGUUUGCCAGUAAGUCGCUCAACUAUGCCCAGUCCCGCUAUCCAGCACACAGGCUGGAGUUUCUCGCGCUCAAAUGGGCUGUUUGUGACAAAUUCAGUCACUGGCUGAGGGGACAGCCAUUUACCAUCUGGACUGACAACAACCCCUUAACGCAUAUCCUCACUAAACCAAAGCUCGAUGCCUGUGAGCAGAGAUGGGUGUCAAAGUUGGCCCCAUUCAACUUUGAGAUCAAAUACAUACCUGGCCCUAAAAAUGUGGUGGCAGACGCCCUCAGCCGUGAGCCAUUUAUGCAGCCAAGUGUGCUUCAUCGCCUAACUAAGGUCCCUUAUGGUGCACUCUUGGUGGAAGCAAGGGCCUUACAUUCUGACUGUGUGCAGGACGCUUUCCGUCUGUCCUGUGACCCAGUGCGCCGGCUGCAACUGCUCCAACCCCUCACUGUGGCCUCUGAAAACACUGUGGUGGUGCCCAGUGGGCAAACUAUCUCUGCCCAGUCAGUGACUGCUGUCCUUGAACAGUCUUUGGAUCAAGAGUGUCCACCUCCUUAUACUUUCCUUUUGCCUCAGCUCACCCAGUCCGUUCAACCACCAGAGCUGGCUGAUUUCCCCUCUCUUCCGAGAGAUGAGCUGAUUGCUAAACAGCGUGAUGACCCUUGCUUGGGUCGUGUGCUUCACUUUGUGGGACGGCAGCGGAGACCAUCAAGACGAGAACGUCCACACGAACCUGUCAAUGCUCUGCGACUCCUCAGACACUGGGACAGACUCAUCGUCAAGUCGGGUGUGCUAUAUCGCACUUCCAAAGAUAUGGUAACAAAGACAAAGACUUACCAGUACAUUGUACCCUCUGCUGUUAAGGAAAAAGUUCUCAAAGGAGUGCAUGACGAGGCAGGUCACCAGGGGAAGAGAAGGACGCUCUACCUGGCUCGACAGCGGUUCUAUUGGCAUGGAAUGGAAGGGGAUGUCAAGGACUAUGUGCGGCGCUGCCGUCGUUGUGUGUUCAGCAAGUCCCCUGAACCUGAGGCCAGAGCGCCACUCGAGAGUGUCAAGUCCUCCAGGCCUCUUGAGUUGGUUUGCAUUGAUUUCUGGUCAGCUGAAGAUUCCUCCAACAAGUCCAUAGAUGUGCUUGUUGUGUCUGAUCAUUUUACAAAGCUUGCGCAAGCCUAUCUCUGUCCCAACCAGUCAGCUAAGGCUGUCGCUCAGCAGCUCUGGAACAAUUUUUUUUGUGUACAUGGCUUUCCUGAGCGUGUGCAUUCUGAUCAGGGGGCGAACUUUGAGAGCAAUCUGAUCGCUGAAAUGCUCAAAGUUGCUGGUGUGGAGAAAUCUCACACAACUCCUUACCACCCCAUGGGUAACGGAGUGGUUGAAAGGUUCAAUCGCACCCUUAGAAAUAUGAUCAGAGCCCUUCCACCAAAGGCCAAGCAGCGGUGGCCCCAGCUCUUGAAAUCUCUAAUCUUCUCCUAUAAUGCCACUGUACACGAGACUACAGGCUUUGCCCCUUUUCAACUCAUGUUUGGCAGAACCCCCAGGUUGCCUGUGGACAUGGUGCUCCAGUCGGUGCUGUUGGAUGAUCAGGUGGUGGACUACGAUGAUUAUGUCCAGUGUCUCAGGCGUGACUUGGUGAAUGCUAUCAGGAUCGCUCAGACCUCAGCCACUAAACAGCAAGAGAGGCAAACCGACCUUUACAACCGUAAGCUGAGAGGUGCACCAGUGGAUGUUGGAGACAGGGUCUUGUUGGCUAACAAGGGAGAGAGAGGCAGGAGGAAACUUGCUGAUCGCUGGGAGAACCACCUCUACACUGUUGUGGAGAAACAGGAGAGCACUCAUACCUUCAGACUCAGGAACUGUGCUACAGACCAGGAGAGAGUGGUCCACAGGAAUCUCAUCAUGCCUGUGAAUUUUCUACCUGUUCCGACUGAACCUGAGGACCCUGGUUCUUUUGUCAGUGACCUGACUGAUGUGGAUGGAUCUGCCCUGGAUGUGGACAUUGAGGGACCGUCUAUGCUGCCUGACAGUGUACAGGACAGGACUGUCACAUUGGUGUCCCAGCUCCCAGUUUCCACUAGAGAUCAAAUGACAGCUGUGGCAGAUGUAGCCGCCAUGGAUGACUCAGUGGAGCCUGUAGAUGAACAUGACCAGUCCGGUCUGUGUGAUCUGACUGAACCCCAUUCCACUAUCACCACACCUCCAGAUAACGUGCUGCCAUCUUAUGCCGGUUCUGUUGUCACAGCAGGGGCAGUGCGUAACCUUCUCAGUGAUAGGACACUCGAUGUGAGAACGAGGUGUGGUAGAGCUGUUAGGCCAGUUGUUAGGCUUAUUCAAAAUAUGCACCAGAAAGUUCUUGCUGGUCGCUAAAUGGUUAUGCUAUGCGAUGUUCUUGAGAAAAGAUGUAUGUUUGAUUUCAGGUAUUUUGAUGGGGGAUCUGAGUUUUGUUUUAUUUCCUUCUGUCAGAACAGGGACAUCUGUGUGUGACUAAUGAUACAGUAUGUAUUCAGGCGAUGUCUAUCGGUACUGUUUAAUUUGAUUUGUGAGUGACUUAACAUGUAGAUGGGCAUGUUUUCCUAUGGGUGUCGAAAGGCUUUGCUAACCUUUCCCAUUCUAAUUCUUCAGGAAUAGUCUUGUGACUGGAAUACUCAGAAUCAGUGAUCUUAGUAGUACUGCACAAUCGAAUAGGAGGACACAUUUUUUUUCUGAGUGGUUUUUUUGGUACCUGGUGUGGUUUUUGUUUCAUAUUGUCUCACAGUCUACUCUAAUUUUUUGUGUUUUUUUUUUGGUUGAGCUUGAAGGAGCAAGUUGAGAUCAGUAGGGGGGAAUGUAACAGAGGUAAUUUAUGAUCUCAAUUGCUUACUGUCUUACUACUCCUCUUAAUUUAAUGUCAUUUUAUUUUAAUGUCAUCUUAUCUAAUUUAUUACAUUUACACAUUCUGUAAUAUGACUCUUUAUUUUGCAAAUUUUAUUAUUCUAAGUUUAGUACUGUAAUUUCCUAUAUUUUUUUAUGGUCACUGAAUGUCACAUGUCCCAGCAGACUUCCUGGCUGUAGCCCGUAUGUGUUGUCAGUCUGCUCUCUUCCAUGUGACGGUAGGUUGCCCCGUGUAUUAGCUUGAUAGCUUUCAGCUAACUUAUUAGCAGGCUAGCUAUGUUGCUGUAGGCAUAAAGGAGACACAUUUAUGUUAAGUUUUGUUUUGUUUUAUUUCUGUGCAGGUUUAGAGUGUAUAGAGAAGGCUGAUUGGAGACUCACUAUGAUUGUUUUCACCAGGUAUUGUGUGUUUUUUUAUCGUGUGUUAAUGUGUUAGUCAGUCUGCUCUCUUCCAUGUGACGGUUUAGAGUGUAUAGAGAAGGCUGAUUGGAGACUCACUAUGAUUGUUUUCACCAGAAUAAACCAUGUUUGAGCUGGAAGAAA